AAAUAAAAAACUUGACUACUAAGAAAUGCAUAAGAAAUUAUUCAAAAUUAAUAACAAAACUUUUCAACGUUUUAACAGGUGAGCUGUUCUUUUCAUUUCAGUGACUUCAGUCCUUGCUGCUCUCUUUCAUUUCUCGCAGUUUGGGGAGUCUCAAAAGGCCUACAUGUCUCUGUUUCUUGAAAUCUUGCGGUGUGUUCUUUGUUGUGUUGAAGAUCGUAGAGAUGAAAAUGAUGAUGAAACAUAUUGUGUAAACACUUCAUGGGAACCAAGGGUGUCACGAAGUAUUGUUCCUUUUAAUUUCAGGGCAAUAUUUGGUUCAAGGUCAAGUAAUUCAGCAAAAAAUGGAUCCACAUAUGUUAACUCAGUGGAAAGAAUAUAUGAUGUGUCUAGUAGUUCAAAGAGUUACCGAAAUUAUGUACCUAUAUCUUCCCAUAUUCCAGAAGCAUCUUCCUCUUGGCUGCCACAAUCUCCAUCCAAAGAAGCUACAUAUUCUUCAAGUCCAACUCCAAGACCUAAACCCCCAGCAUCUUCUUCUUACCAACCUCAAUCACUAACAAGGGAUAUAACUUCUUCUAAACCAUCUCUUCUCUCUCCUGCACCUUCAAUUUCAUCAAAAUCAUCCCCCCAGGCACCUAAACUCCCACUAUCUUCGAACCAAGCCCAACCAUUAAUACCAGAAAUACCUUCUUCUAAACCAUCCCCAGUCUCUCUUACAGCUCCAACUUCUUCAUUAAAACCAUCCCCUCAAGCACCUUCAACUUCUUCUAAGCCAUCUCCAUUAUUCUCUGUAACUACAGCAUCUUCUUCCAAAACUAAUCCUAAAGCACCUCCUUCUUCCUUGGGCCCUUCUGCAUCAUCAUCCAAGCCACCUCCGACUAUUAAGCCAACUCUAACUCCAGCUUCUGCAUAUGUCAUCAAAAGCAGUCAAAAGCCACCUAUUCCUGAAUUCCAAAAAUCCUAUUCUGAACCAUCUCCAUCACCCUCUGAGCCCCUUCCAUCUUUUAAGCCAACACUGGCUCCAGCUUCCUCAAGUGUCACUAGUCAACAGACAAAAGCCAACUACGUAUUAGUUCAAAAGGGUACAUCACCUAUUUAUAUGAUUCCCAAGGAUAUUAAAGAUUUGAUCAAGAACGACAGGGUGCCUGGAGUUCUGAAAAAGCCAUUGUCUAUGUCAACAUAUAAGGAUUAUUUUGCUGCUCUUCUUUAUGCUGAAGACUUCUAUAUUGAGAAAUGGAGUGAAUUCAAAUUGGAGAAUAUCACAUUAAAGUUGCAACAAGCAUCAAUCUUUAAACUGUCAUACUUCACAGAGAAUCAUGAGAAGGAUAAUAAAACCUUUGUGACAUUUGAGAUUGACUCGUGUCGUGAGAAGCGGCCAUUUCUUUUAUCAAGGGACUUUAUCUUUGCAAGACCUUCAGGAAAUAAAACUGAGCCAUUUCAGGGUGUUAUAUAUCGAGUGGUGAGGAGCACAACUGUGCUAGUUGAAUUUGGUGAAGAUUUUUAUGCUCAGCAUCAUCCAUCUCGCAGAUAUGAUGUUAGCUUCUCAUUUAACAGAGUUUGUUUAAAAAGGGCUCAUCAAGCAGUUGAAGCCGCUUCAGAUCCUUUAUUUAAAAGUUACAUUUUCCCUGAUUGUGACUUCAGAAAGAGACACUCUGCAUCAUCAACUGCCUAUUUUAAUUAUGAACUUGAUGCAGAUCAAACAUCCGCGGUUUGUCAGAUCCUAGCCUUUCAGGGGCCACCACCUUAUCUCAUUGAGGGCCCACUCUGUGUAACUAAACCAAAAAGGUAUGAAUGUAAACAACUAUCAAAAACUGGAUUGGUUAUCCAAGAAGCAGUGCUUGAAAUUUAUAGAAGCUCUCAAAAGCACCGAGUUCUUUUAUGUGCACCUAUUAACAGCACAUGUGAUUUGCUGACAAGAAGCUUGAUGAAGCACAUUCCUGAAUCGGAAAUUUUUCGAGCUAAUGCUGCAUUUCGAGAGAUAGAUGGGGUGCCUACUGAUAUCCUUCCUUCAUGUGUGCCUGCUGACAUCCUUCCUUCAUGUAUUUUUGAAGGUGAAUGUUUUUCUUGUCCUCGUCUUCAGGAACUCCGGAAAUAUAGAGUAAUAUUGUCAACUUAUGUGAGUAGCUUCCGGCUACAUAAUGAAGGCAUUGCUGCUGGACAUUUUAGUCACAUUUUCUUGGUGGAUGCCUCAUCAGCUACUGAGCCUGAAGCAAUGGUGGCACUGGCUAAUUUGGCUAAUGAGAAAACUGCUGUAAUAGUCACUGGUGCACCAGGAAACCAUUCAGGUUGGGUCCGCUCUGAUAUUGCUAGGAAAAAUGGACUGAUGGAUUCAUACUUUGAAAGACUUCGCGAGAGAAAUCCAUACAAUAGACUUGAUUCAAUGUUUAUCACAAAAUUGGUCAGCGUCGAGCGCAAAUCAGAUGAUACAGAUAGCUUUCAGUCAUUCUCGUUUUAUUAAUUUGCUCUUUCAUAAACCGGAGCAGUAUCUCCCAACUCUAACUUUUCGCAUCUGUUAGUUCUUUUUGUGUUAUGUCUUUCAAUGCAUAUGCAAAAUCCAUGGAGUCUGCUGUAAGUUGCUUCCCACUUGCUUGUGGAUAUAAUGCUUAUGCAGUUUUUGCA